CUGGAUUAUUACCCUUGCUCCUGGAACGCCUGGUAGCAUCCUCUUCUUUCCGGGCACCACCAUUAAACAGUGCACGUACAAGGCAUACUUACUUUACUGUCAUGGGCAUGUUGGGCUGAAACGUACUUGCUGGUGUACGUGGCACUUUCGGAAUUUAUACUGGACAGGAAACAUCUUCUAUCUUAAAAUUCUCAGAUAUGACAACAUCAUCCAACGAGCCUGAUGCGGCUUUGCGAAUUACGGUUACGCCCUCUCAGUCUUCGUACUUUGCCGGAGAACCGUUCGCGGUGACAAUCACCUUCACCAAUACGCACUCUCCUGAAGCACCUGUACAGCCUAGAUCAGCUUCCCAUACUCACAAGAGAGGAGCCCACUCCAUAAGCUCUGCACCCAUUUCCCGACCGCCGACAUCGCCUGGUACCCGUACACCAAAUUCAUUCGUUCCCAAACGGCCACGUAGGGGAGACGUUCUUCCCUCAAGAAAAGGUCUCAUCGGCCAGAAAAUUGAGCCCCGGGGUUCUGAUACACUUCCGGACUUGAUUGAGCAACGGCGAAAAAGGUUGCUAGCAAAGUCAUUGUCUGUUGCCAUUGCUCCCCACGAACUCGAAGAUGAACUUGCCGACAUUCCAAGGUCUGUAUCGUUUCUCCAGCGUGGGUUCGAUGAUGGGCCUUAUAUAAACCCUACGUCGCCCAACGUUUCCUCGCCUCUUUCGCGGUCAGAUACGCUUCCACUUGCCGCAAACCACCCUCAUGCACGAAAAGAUUCAUUGCUUGACGGACAACUGUCUCUCCGUGAAAUGACGUCCCCGACGAGCGUAUCUUCUCCGUAUACGCCGACAUCUUCCACUUCGACAUUUUCCCUGAUCCUUGAUCCAAUCAUAGAAUCAACAAGCAUGACGCAUCCUACACCGUCCGUUUCGUCCCCACGAAUAGAAACGGCGUCUUCACAUUUCCCAUCAAACGCCGUUCACGCGUAUCCAUCGUCCUACCGUUCUUCGCGAUGUCCAGCACAAAUAGGACUGGGUCAGCCUCCACCAGAUACUAGGCUUCGUAUCCCGCCCCGAACCGCAUUUUCAUCCACGUUUCCACAGACAAACACCGAAUUAAUACUUUACUCAUAUGUCCAACUGACGGGUUCACUAAUGAUCACAACGACACCUAUCUCGUUGGAGCAAACGCAUACCCUCAACUCCUUACGAUCAUCCCUUCUCAAACGCCCUGUCGUUGGUGGAGGAAGUAUGGACAUUACUUCUUCGCAAAACCUACGACCCCGUAACCGGCGCACGCAUAGUCGCUCAUCAUCUAUAUCUUCGGGAAUACUGUCUCUUCUUUCUCCUUCUUUGUCGACCCCUUACUUCCCCUCGACCCCAGGCCUGUCAUCAGGAAGUCUGCAUAGUGCACGGACACCUACAUCCUCGUCAUCAUUUCCCCCUUCUUCCUGGAUGGGAUUCAGCCCGAUCGAAGACGUCGAUCCUGAUGUGCCCCUCCCCAUCAUUGAAAUUCAGCCUGUGAUGUUAGCUGUGGACCUCUCUUUGUUGCCUGGCGAGUCAAGAACAUAUACAUAUACUGUUUCACUGCCUUCCAACCUACCGCCGACAUUCCGUGGCCGAUCAUUCAAGUUCUCAUAUGAGCUAGCGGUAGGUACAUGCCGCGCAGGAAACACGAGUUCAAAUAGUAUCAGUCGAGUAAUGAAGGUGCCGAUCAGGAUGUACAACAACGUUCAAGUUGGUCGUGCCCCGCGUCCAUACGAUCUAUUGUGGCCAGUUAAAACUCGGGUGGAUAUCAGUGGAUCUGUCACAGAAGAUACGCUGCUGCAGAAAAAGGAAAAGACGAGUACAGGAUCCCUUGAGGAAGUCAAAAGCUAUGCGCGACAUCUCCUGCUAUCUAUACCUGACCCAAACACCAACGACGCCAGAAUCCAGGUGCCUCCUGAAACAGUUGGCGAAGGGAGAGGAUGGCGUCGGCACUAUUCACAUUCAGAGGAGGACUCAGGGGGACUAACAGGGUGCAGAGAAGCUGUAGAAAUCUUGACGCGAAUUCCAAAAAAAGCUUCUUACGAUGUCACCAAGGACGGUGUUAAGGUUGCUGUCCUCACGUUUACCAAGUCUGCUUACAGGUUAGGGGAAACUAUUCAGGGUGUUGUAGAGUUGAACGAGCGGACAAGCCGAUCAAGGGUCCUACAGAUGUCUGCGAUGCUUGAAACACAGGAACAACUUCCAUCGUCGGUAGCUGGUCCAUCCAACUCCAGACACUCGCGGCGAGUUCACGCUGAACACCACUCCUCCUUUACUCUCUCCACAUUACGCACCACAUUUUCUCUUGACAUACCAUCUGAUGGCAGUCCGGCUUUCCAAAUAUCCAUUGGCGAUGAUUUCUCCGCCAAGCCGGGCGGGUUAGAGUGGAAAGUUCGUUUAUGCUUACUGGUUUCUAUUGCUGCAGAGUCAUCGCACGCGGGUUCCGAGGGUGUAAGGAUGAAGAGUCUUGUUCGGGAUGGGCCUGAUGGUGAAUGGGGUGCCUCGUGGUGGGCUACAAAAAGCAUCGCGCCAAUGGAGAAGUCCAUCGUGCCUGCGCUUCCUCCACAGCCACAAGGAUGGGCGGCAUAUCUGGCUGCAUCUAUCCUAGGCACAGGGGACAGUGAGUAUCACGAUGGGGAUGAGGAAGAUGUCGAAGUGAUCGAUGGGAUAAAAGCUGAACCUGGUGGCGGAGUGGGGAUUGGAGUCGAUUUUGGAGGCGGUCGUGAAGGCUGGAAGGACGUCAAGGUAGAGACUGUUGAGUGUGAUGUGCCUGUCAAGGUCUGGCCAGGAAAUACUGCUUUCAAAGCCUUGGACGUCGUGUUUACAGUAUAAACCUUUUCGCGGAUUUCUCCUUUCUUACCUGGAGCCUUGAGGAUAUUGUCACUGUAUUUAUCUACAUUAAGUUAUAAUGCACCAGAUUUGUUAUUGCAUUCAAGACGCCUUUCAAAUCAUCCGGUGAUUCU